CGUCAGCUCCACGCCCCGCCCCGCUCCCUCCGCCGGCUCACGUGACCGUUUCUGGGCCAGCGCGAACUAUGGCCGGCAUGGUGGACUUCCAGGAUGAGGAGCAGGUGAAGUCCUUUUUGGAGAACAUGGAGGUGGAGUGCAACUACCAGUGCUAUCACGAGAAGGACCCGGACGGUUGCUAUCGGCUGGUGGACUAUUUGGAAGGGAUCCGGAAGAAUUUUGAUGAGGCUGCCAAAGUGUUGAAGUUUAACUGCGAAGAGAACCAGCACAGCGAUAGCUGCUACAAACUGGGGGCCUACUAUGUGACUGGAAAAGGCACUGUCCAAGUUCUCGUCUCAUCAUCUCUCUGGACUCUGAAUUCAGCAGCACUAUAUCCUAACUCAUGUCUCUCACAUCUGCACAGCACUUCACAGUGUACAAAGUGCUUUCAAAUUCAAUGGUUUGUUGGUCUGUGUGGCAGACUUUGUGGCACACAGCUCAGUACUCAUUGCCAGGCCUCCAGACAGAUCCCAGCCAGCGAGGACUUCCUGCCUCAAGAGGCCAGAGCCGACUGCAUGGGAACAGGGAGUGCAGUCUGGAUAUGCCAUGUGGGGGUGCUUAUUGAGUUGUUGCUCUCUAGAUGGAGUUUGGGGAUUUUCUAAGCCAAAGCAUGGAGUGAAAGGGGCCAGGCCCUCACCAGGGAAUGUUCACUGCCACUCCUCACACUUACCAUCUCAAAUUCAAGACCCCUGCUGGGGGAGAAGUGGCUGAAGGCAGGCAGUCCUUUAGCUCCUCUGCAAGUUUAAAAAAUAUCUCAGCCGGCCGGGCAUGGUGGCUCACACGUGUAAUCCCAGCACUUUGGGAGACUGAGGCAGGCGAAUCACCUGAGGUUGGGAGUUUGAAACCAGUCUAACACGGAGAAACCCCGUCUCUACUAAAAAUACAAAAUUAGCCGGGUGUGGUGGUGGAUGCCUGUAAUCCCGGCUACUCGGGAGGCUGAGGCAGGAGAAUCACUUGAACCCGGGAUGCGGAGGUUGCGGUGCGCCAGGAGUUCGAGACCAGCCUGGGCAACAUAGCAAAACCCUGUCUCUACAAAAAAUACAAAAAUUAGCUGGGUGUGGUGGUGCGUGCCUGUAGUCCCAGCUACUUGGAAGGCUGAGGUGAGAGGAUCACCUGAGCCCAGGAGGUCGAGGCUGCAGUGAGCCAUCUGCACUCCAGUCUGAGCAAGGACAGAGUGAGACCCCAUCUCAAAUAUAGAUAUAGAUAUAAUAUAUAUCUCCUGCAUGCAUUUGCAACUACAAAGGGCUGGUGCGCUAAACCUCAUCCCUGACACAGAAUGCAUUUUUCCCAAAUUGCCAUCAAGGAUUAUAUGCAGGAUUUUGUAGAAAAUACAGUGGAGUGCCACUAUAUCUACAUUAAAUACAGUAAGAGCAAACACUUAUAGAGAGCUUACCCUGGAUCAGGAACUGUUUUGAGUGCUUUAUAAAUAUUAACUCUUUUGGCUGGGCAUGGUGGCUCACGCCUGUAAUCUGAGCACUUUGGGAGGCCAAGGCAGGCGGACCACCUGAGAUCAGCAGUUCGAGACCAGCCUCGCCAACAUUGUGAAACCCUGUCUCUAUGAAAAUACAAAAAUUAGCCGGGCAUGGUGGCGGGAGCCUGUGGUCCCAGCUAUUCGAGAGGCUGAGGCAGGAGAAUCGCUUGAACCCAGGAGGCAGAGGUUGCAGUGAGCCAAGAUCGCGCCACUGCACUCUAGCCUGGGUGACAGAGCGCAACUCCUUCUCAAAAACAAAACAAAACAAAACACAAAAACCUAGGUCUUUUAAUUGUCACAACCCUAUGAGAUAGGUACUAUUUCUCUUUAAUUUACAAAAACUCAAUUAUACUUGCUGUGGAGAAACUAGAGAAGGAAAGAGAAAGAGUAAUACUAUAUUAAAUAUUAUUUUACUCACAUAGCAUAGGCCCCAAGUGUGUCGUGAAAGAGGUUAAUCUGCUGUUCCCUUCAUUGGUCUCAGUUCCCAGGUGCCUCAUAAAAUCUUCAGUGUGGCGGCCUGGCGUGGUGGCUCAAGCCUGUAAUCCCAGCACUUUGGGAGGCCGAGGCGGGCGGAUCACGAGGUCAGGAGAUCAAGACCAUCCUGGCUAACACGGUGAAACCCCGUCUCUACUAAAAAUACAAAAAAAAUUAGCCGGGUGUGGUGGCGGGCGCCUGUAGUCCCAGCUACUCGGGAGGCUGAGGCAGGAGAAUGGCGUGAACCCGGGAGGCGCAGCUUGCAGUGAGCCGAGAUUGCGCCACUGCACUCCAGCCUGGGGGACAGAGCAAGACUCCGUCUCAAAAAAAAAAAAAAAAAAACUUCAGUGUGUGUGCAUGUCGCCAUACUAAGUAUGGGUCUAGUGUGUAAGCCCCCAAGCAAGCCAAUCUCUUUAUCAGUUAUCCACCGAAGAAACAGCAAUCUGUUCCAUUGCUAGAGGAAAACUUGGCUAUGCUAUUGGGAGAUGGUUCUGUACUUUAGGAGUGAUAAAAGGGGUUUCCAAAGAUAAUUCUGAUUAUACAUUUUUUUUUUUUUUUUUUGAGACGAAGUGUCACUCUUGUUGCCCAGGCUGGAGUGCAAUGGCGCCAUCUGGGCUCACCGCAACCUUUGCCUCCCGGGUUCAAGGGAUUCUCCUGCCUCAGCCUCCUGAGUAGCUGGGAUUACAGGCAUGCGCCACCAUGCCCAGCUAACUUUGUAUUUUUAGUAGAGAUGGGGUUUCUCCAUGUUGGUCAGGCUGGUCUCGAACUCCUCCUGGCCUCAGGUGAUUUGCCUGCCUCGGCCUCCCAAAGUGCUGGGAUUACAGGCGUGAGCCACCACAACCGGUCCCUAGAUAAGUUUUGACUGAGCUGUAACUCAUAGAUAAGGUGACCAACCGUCUCGAUUUGCCUGUGACUAAAGAGUUUCCUGGGAUUGAGACUUUCAGGGUUAAAACCAAGAAAGUCCCAGGCAAACCAGGACAAGUUGGUCACUCUACCACAAAAUACAUCUCUGUAUCUAUUGUGAGGGCUCUGUUGACGCCAUGGUCUAUUAUAUUAUUCUUUAUGAGGCUCUCAGGAGAAAUUCUUGUCUGGUCUACAUACCAAGAAUAGUUGUAUAUCCUCUAAGGAGUAAGUGGUUUGUUUUUAUCCUGUGAACACUGUGAACUGUGUGAGUGAACAGGUUUCCCUUUUUGCCUUGGCUGCUGGAAGUCAUAGAACUAAGUAUGUAUGACACAAAUUUAGCUGCAUAGGUCACUAUGUUCUGUACUUUUUGUAUUAUUCCAGGCUCCACUUUUUCCCUACCUUGUUUUUUUUUUUUCUUUCAAUUUUACCUUGCCCUGUCUUAAAUUUAAUGAUCUUGUUUUAUUUUAUUUAUUUUAUUAUUUUAUUUUAUUUUUGAGAUGAAGUCUUGCUCUGUCACCCAGGCUGCAGUGCAGUGGCAUGAUCUCAGCUCACUGCAACCUCCACCUCCCAGGUUCAAGUGAUUCUUCCACCUCAGCCUCCCGAGUAGCUGGGAUUACAGGCACGCACCACCAAAUCCAGCUACAUUUUUUUAUUUUUUAUUUUUAGUAGAAAUGGAGUUUCCCCAUGUUGGCCAGGCUGGUUUAGAACUCCUGACCUUCAGUGAUCCACCCACCUUAGCCUCCAAAAGUGCUGUUGAUUACAGGCGUGAGCCACCACACCCAACCGAUCUUAUUUUAUUUUAAAUGUCUUUCUGGAUCAAGGCAGGGUAAAAUUAAACAGUUCUUAGAGUCUAGGGACUCUGCCAUGAGUCACUGAAUAUAUGGAAUGAUAUGUAAAAUUUAUGUGUAUAAACAUAUUUUUCUAGGGAGAUGGAGCCAUAAAUUUUAAUAAUUUUCAAAGAAGUCUGCAUCUCCCCCAAAUAUUAAAAGCCUCUGGUAUAGGUGAAUCAAGAAACAAAUAAAUGAUGUUAGUUGGAAGCUUGAAAGUUUGACUUAUAGUGCUGAUAUUUUAAAAUGUUGCAAUGAUGGCAUGGAGGAAUGUUGGUGGGAUGGAACACUGGAAUGGCAGAGAGGAAUGUUGGUGGGGUGGGGUGCUCCCCAGAAUGGAAUGACAACAUGACAGAAUGUGGUGUGCUAGAACAUUAGUGUGUCAGAAUAUUAGGAUAUUCUAGAAUGUUGAUGUAACUGGGCCUACACAAAUGUAGCUAUGUAGGUCACUAUGUUCUGCACUUUUUGUGUCAUUCUAGGCUUCACUUUGUCCCUACCUUGUUUUUUUUUUUUCAAUAGAACAUCACCUUCCAGAUGUCUUAGCAUCCUCUUGCUUUUUUUUGUUUGUUUGUUUUGUUUUGAGACAGAGUCUCACUCUGUCACUCAGGCUGGGGUGCAGUGGCACGAUCAGGUCACAGUUCAUUGCAACCUCCACCUCCCAGGUUCAAGUGAUUCUCGUGUCUCAGCCUCUCAAGUAGCUAGGUUUACAGGCAUGUGCCACCAACCUCAGCUAAUUUUUGUAUUUUUAAUAGAGACGGGGUUUCACCAUGUUGGCCAGGCUAUUCUCGAACUCCUGGCCUCACAUGAUCUGCCCGCCUCGGCCUCCCAAAGUGCUGGGAUUACAGGUGUGAGCCACUGUGCCUGGUAGUAUCCUUUUGCCUGUAGUUCAGUUGUAUCUCAGGGUUGGGCUGCUAUCUGAUUCAGCCUCUAAAUCUCCAACAUUCCCUAGCUCAGUGCCCUGUAAGGGUCCAGUAAAGAUCCAAUUGGUGGUUCACGCCUGUAAUCCCAGCACUUUGGGAGGCCAAGGUGGGAGGAUCGCUUGAGCUCAGAAGUUCAAGACCAGCCUGGGCAAUAAGAGAGGCCCCAUCUCAAAAAAAAAAAAAAAAAAAAAAA